GGCUGUGGCGGGCGCGGCCUUCUCUCCCGGGCCACGGAUUCUCUCAGGCUCCUGAGACCGCAGCGGGAGGUAACGACCUGGGAAUCCUCUCCAAACCCUGCGUCUCCGCGAGUCCCGCCUCACUAUUGGGACCCCCGUUUUCCACGCGGCCCCCCGCCCUCUCGCUCCGGUCUUCCCUGGCCUCUCAGGCGCCGCCCUUGCUGCAGGGUCCCCCCACAUCUCCACGGGGGACCUUCGGCGACUCUGGCCACGCCGUCACGAGGAAACUCCUGGGUUGACCCCAGCCGCCGACGGAGCAACGAGGAAUGGACGCGGUUUCCUAGCAUCCUCCAUGGCAGAGACACCAGAACUUCAAUGAUUUUCUUGAAAUUGCCCUCUCGCAUUUGUUUGAAAUAAAGGAUCUCAUGACUGGCUUUGCUAACUGGUCAUUGGUAUCUCAACAAGCAUGGAGAUAAGAUUAGAAGUUUUGACAUCAACAAGUAUCAAACAGAAAAAACCCUGGCCCAGAGUUUCCUGGUUGGGUCAAGAGAAUGAAGCUGUUUUUCUGUUGGAUGACAAAUUCAUAAAUGAGAUUAAUUUGCUGUCAGGAAGAACAAAGAAGAAGAUUCCGAGUCUGCAGCCUUUGUUGAAGGAUGUUUUUUUUCUGGCAACAUCCAGGAAUGAUAUGUGGCUGUCUGGGGUCCUCACUACAGGAGAGCUUUUCCUGUGGAACAAAGAUCAAGAUUGUUUGAAAAUGAUACAGGUGACGGAAAAGCCUAAAGAAGUUGUUAAAGCUACAGUAGCAAACUCUUCAAGACUAUACUUAUAUGUAUCUGAACAUGGGAAAAGAGUUCUGCUUAUUACAUCUUCUGGCUGCAUACUUCUGUGGGAAUAUUUGGAAUCGAAUAUUUUAUCUUCUAAAAGCCUCCCAUUGGUCGGUCAGUGGUCCCAAAUCAUACCCGAAGAAGCAGUUUUAUUGCCUUCCACUCAAGAUAAAGAAGCUGUAGUGGAUGCUGUUUUUGUCAGAAAUGAGUUACUUGGCGACUGCUGCCUGUGUUCUUUUACUUUCUAUUCUGGAGAAUGCUUGAAGUUAGCGUUUCUGGUCAUUCAGUGGUCUGAGAAUGUAUUGACAUCUGUAAGGUCAUUGCCGUUCCGUGUUCACUGGGCACAGCAGGAAUGUGUCCUGUGCAGUCUGACUCCCAAGUGUGAGGCAGUGAAAUCAAGAGGAGCUCUGAUCUCGGCCUUCUCAAGAGAUGGUCUUGCCUUGGCAGUGACUCUUAAUCAGAAAGACCCAAAGGCAACUCAGGUAUUGUUUAUAAACACACUGAAUUUUGUUACUCUCUGUGGUGACCUUAAAGGAUGUAGUAAUAAGAAUCCUGUGGUCCCUGCUGCACUUAUCAGGUCAUACUGGGUAGGUGACAUCAGCUGGACACAUGACAGUCUUUUUCUGGCUUGUGUGUUAAAACGUGGAUCCCUGAUUUUAUUGACCUUCCUAGGUGAAUUGCUGACAUUAGUUACACUUGGUUGCUCUAUAGAAUUUGGGCCAGCUGAAUUUAUUCCUCUUCAUCCACUAAUAACAUAUAGACCACAACAGUUUACAUUUCAAGAUUCAAAUAAUCCUGUAGAUUCAUCAGCUUCUGACAGUGACCCCCUGAGACAGAGGUUUUCUGUAAAAGCACAUUCACGACUACCCUACCUUAUUAUUUCUGAUGGAUACAUGGUCACGACCCUUCGGUUUCUUGAUAACCAGUCUCCAACAGCGCUCAUGAGGUCAUUGCUAAUUGAUUCAACCCAGAGGCUUGAGAAAGCAUGCCAAAGUAUGAUGCUAUCUAAGCCAAAGGACAAAGGGCUGAACUUGCGAUCACUGGAUUCCUUAAGGUCUAGCCUGUUGAAGCAUCAAGGAAAGGAGGGCUUAGUUCAUGGCACCGUCCCUAGGUUUCUGCAAGCAGAAGAAACAAUGGAGUUAAGUGAGACUACUGAUGUUCAGGAUUCUGAAGGAGAAGAAGCUAAUGAAGUUGAACAAUUUCCAAACAACUCAUUUCCUUUUUGUAACCAAAGAAAAGAUCUAUGGUUUAGCAUUAUCAAGGAAGGAAGAUUGGAAUUUGCAUCUAUGUUUGAUACAGUUCAUGCAAAGAAUGAUUCCAAGGAGACAGACAGAGCCAUCGCAGAACUGCAUUGCAUACAGAAAAAACUACUUGCAGCGUGGACUAUAGGCAUUUCAAAAAAUGUAGCAGAGAAAAACUUAAUGUUAAAUUACACAGUACUUUGCCUCACUCAUUUCUUCUAUAUUCUUCAGUUUAUAAAGUGCCCUUUGCCUAAGUUUGACCUGUUUGUAAAUAAGAGUGUGAAGCAUAAUGCAUGGGUACUUUGUAUCUUUCAACUUUUCCAUCAGUGUUUAUCAGUCCACUAUUGGGAUAUGAGAUACAGACAAGAUAUUGGCCAUUUGAUAAAGCUGACCUCAAGUACUGUAAAGCUUUUACUGACUCAUCAACAAAAAAACGGGUUCUUCUCAGAGAAGCUUUUAGCCUGCCUUUCUUUACUCCGAAUGGUAGCUGACCAUGUAAAUGGCGUCUGCAGUCUUCAGCCCGAGGCCCUUUCAGCAUCAGCUGGUGAAAGAAGAGCUGAGCUGGACUCAUUAAUAGUCCCUAUUUGUCAAGCUUCUAAGGAAAGUUGGUCCUGGGACUCAUCUUUAAAUAUUUAUCCUCAGGUCACAAAUCUUGCUCAAAAGCCAGGCCACAGAUUGGUUGCUCUUUGGAGGCUAUUGUACAAAAAAACUUUAUGGUAUCAAGCACAAUUAAGCCAAAGAAUUCCUGAAGGUGACAGACAGUUACCUGAAAAUGUAACACAUGAAGUAUCUUUUGUCAAGACUCUGUUAUGUCAUCUUCAGACUAACCUGCAGAUGGCCGGGGAUAGCUUGCCUCAAGCCUUGGAACUUACACCUAUCAAUGGUGAAGAGUGCUUUCUGUUAGGAUCAUAUGAAAAAUCAGUUCAUCUGUGGAAGAAGGCUCUACAAGAAACCCAAGAGAAAGGAGGAAGAAGAGCGAGCCUUCUUGAGUCACGGUACUAUCUCUCUCUCCUGUACUGCCACCUCUACUGCUAUAAUUUGAACGAUGCUCAAGGAUUAUGUGAUCACCUAGUAAGAGACAUACUUAGCUGGUCCCAGUUACCUGUGAAAGGAAGUAAAGAUUGCUCAGAUUCUGAGAAGUCUCCUUGUGAGUUUGGAGUGACCAGGAAUGUACAUCCGGAGGCUGCAGUCACAGUUGUCCAGUGCAUGGCCCGUUUCAUGGCUGCGUAUUUCACCAAUGAACCACUCUGCAUCCUGCCGCCUCACAGCGUGAAUGUUCUCCCUCCACUUCAUAUUAAAACAGAGCAUUCCCUACGACUUAUUCCUCUACAACACUCGAAGGUGGCCAGUUUUGUUAGAGAUCAGAAUCUCUCAAAUAUAUGGACAGUUGAAUAUGCCCUUGAAUUAUUAUUUAUUGGUGGCCUGAUUCCAGAGGCUGUGUGGUUGGCACAUAAACUUGGAGACUGGAAGACAUCUGUGUCCAUUGGUGUGGCCUUCCAAGUUUUCUGUAAACGUGGUCGCAAUUCUGUGAGGUCCAAGAAAAAGCGUAUGGACCUACCAUUAAAUAUGAUACCAGCACAGAUUUUCCAGGAAAAACUGCAGUGUUUUUUAGGUCAGCCAGUCUCUCUGGAAGCAAAAAAUGAAAAGGGCUCAAAAUAUAAGCAAUUUACAGAUCCCAUUGAAGAAGAAGAUGCUAAUCUGCUGUUUGGGUCUGUGCAAGAAGUACUGAAAGCGUCAGUCAUGGCCGAUGCGGAUAUUGUUUCAGGGACUCUGCAGCUAUUGAUGGACUCUGCGAAGGACUUCAGUAAGAAGCUGUGGGGCCUAGUGCCCGUGGACUUGUAUCUCCCAGCACCUCCGUUGUAUUGCCCCCAGCCAGCUGUUCUCAAUGAAGAACAUGGUGACAAUCUUCUUUUAAAAGCUGAAAAAGAUAAUCGCCAAAAGCUGUCUGGAAUCCUGCAGCGAGUUCUCUUGCUUUUCCGUGCGGCUCGAUGCUCUUUUUCUGUAGCGCAGUGGUACAUCUUGCAGCUGAGGUGGGCAAGAAAAGUCAUGCAGAAGAUUCGAGUGAAAGGGUCCCUUCCUUUGCUUGGUUCUUUCCCCGAAUCCUUACUUAACUACUGUAAAGGAGGAAUAGCAUUCUUUAGACCUGGAGCUGCCGGAGACCACAAGCUUGAUGAAGUUUCCACUAAAGCACUAGGUUGCUUCAGAGAACUUUGUGCUUUGUGCUGGAUGUUGCAUGUCCGGGAUAAAUUAUCGUAUAGUUGCAGGCAGUAUCAGAAGGCAAGAGAAAAUAUCAAGGUGGAAAAGGACCUCAAAGUGGAAUUUGAUUCUUGUGUGGUUGAGCACUGUUUUUGUGCACUGGAGUGGGCCUAUAGAAUGCUACCAUUCUCUCGUUUUUUUAAUAUGGAAGAACUUAUUCAGGAUAUAAUUUUGAGCCUUAUUGGAGAACUGCCACCAAUCAAGAAGGUAGCAGAAAUUUUUGUGAAAGCCUUUCCCAAUCCUGAGGCCAUAAGAGUUCCUUUAAGAGAAAAGUACCACUCUCUCCAGCAGAGACUCAGACAUGGUGUUGUGAAAGGCCCUCAGACUGAGGAACUGAUGUCUGUGGUCAUGCGCUCUGUCCAUAAAGUGAGGGUGAAAGCCCUGAAACGUGUGCAGAGGAACAUAGGUGCUUCUGAGACGAACAUCUGGGAACCAGAUGAAGAGGAAAAGCCAGAUGCUGCUCCGGCUUCUGACAGGUUCUCUCCGGGGACUAGUUUGAGCAGAAGUACACUCACAGAACAGGGCAGUUCCCUGGUACACAGUGAUGCAGACACAUUCUCUGAAACCUUGUCUUGGGAAGAAAGAACGUGGAUGCACUUCUACCAAAGGCAUGCCCCAAGUCAUGGGGAGUUAACAUCGGUUGGUAAGCCCAAUGAUGAAAAGAAAGCUUGUCGUCAGAAAAAAGGCUCGCAAAGGAAAGACAAUCAUGAACCAUUAGGAAAAAUAGCCCUUCCUACAGUUGGUGUUUGGGAAUUUGAGCGUGAUGAUGAUGAAUAUAUUAACUUCCUUGAACUCUUCUUGAGUUAUGUUCUUGAAAGAGACCUUUGUUCCAGUGAUCCUGGCAUUCCAUUCUUGACAAGUUUUUCUGGGCACCUUAGAGAACAUGAACUUAAUUCUUUACUUUUUGAUGUGCAUACAACAUUAAAACAACGCCAGAGCAAAACCAGAAGCAAGAAUGUGUAUAGAGCUGGUUCUUGCUUUGCUGUCAUUCCUGAGUCACAUGCAUGUGAAAAACUGUUCUCUCUAAACAGUACGUGUGCCCAAAAUUUAGAAAGCCAGGCACUUUCUUCUCCAGAACUAGUUAACCAGUCAGCAAGCACUUCAGAGAACCCUCUUUCUGAAGUCGUGAAAAAGGAAAGAAAGGUGGGAUUGUUUGGCUUAAAACAAAAGCCAAUUUAUAGAAUUCAGGACGACAAGCGAGAGAAUCCUCUAAUGCAGAGACCAUCAACCCAUUCCUUUUGGGUUCCCAAGUCCGUUCAAAAUGGAGGGUUCUGUUUCCAAGCAUUUCAGUGUAGUGCUGCCAGCCUUCAAGAAGGCCUUCCUCUGCCGCUUGAGAACAUCUUCGGCCAGGUUGGGAGACUUGUGGAGUGGAUGGUACGGUGGUCUGACCGAAGACUCCUCUGUGACUCUGGAGUUGCUCAGUCGUCCUGUAAAUACAGCCCCGUAAUUCGUGUAAAGACCUCGACAGCUGCCAUUCUUACCUCUCUAUGGCUCCUGGAGCAACCCUAUGGUGCUGCAUAUAAUACAAAAAACGGCAUCAUUAAGGUGCUGGAGAGUCAUUACCCUGAGUCUCAAGUAGCCGCCGAGGAGGAGGGCAACGCUAAUGUUGACUCCCCAGUUGCUGUAGCAGCUCAGGCUGGAGCUGAGGAGAGAAGUGAGCAGAAUGAAUGUUGUCAGCGUGUCCGGAACAGAAUGCCAGCUGAAGCAGAAAAUCCUGAAGUGAAAGGAAUUGAGGAUGAGAUUAUUCCCAUCACUCAUGAGACCGAGAAAGAAUUCGUAGGUGUUGAUGGGAAUCAUGCAGAAGUAGAAACAUUUACACAUGAUGAAGUGGAUAUUCUCAUCUCAGACUGUGAUGAAGGACCUGUUGGGAGUCUCAGAGGUUCCAGUGCUGCCAUGUGCGUGCCAGCAUCACAGCUCUUACUAGAGCAUAACACAGAAGAGGCUCAGUGUCCCAGGAAAGAACCACUGGAGACGAAUGUGGAUACAAAACUGACAGAACAGAAAGGUGUGAUUGAAACCUUGUCAAAUUCUGAACAUACCAUCCCUUAUUCACUUUGUGUAGAUGCAAAUUCAGAAACUUCUAGUGCACAGAUUUCUGAACUUAAAGAGAGAUCUUCCUCAGUUCCACCGCUCAUGUCGAGUGGAGCCCAUGGUGCUUCACAAACACCUGUCCCCACACCUCAGGAGACUCAGAGACACGAGCACAGGGUUCACUUACCAGAUUCUUCUGAUUCUGUUAGGCAGAUGCUCCAGGAAGAGAUGUUUAAAUUAGUUCAGCUGCAGCAGAUCAAUUUCCUGAGCCUGAUGCAAAUAGUAGGACCGUCUGUUGCUAAUCUCCCAGACAUGCAUCGGCUUCUCCAGCAGGUUCAUCCUGUGCAUGCUGGGGAAAGCCCAGCAUCAAAGCCCACAAGGAGUGGUUGUGCUUCUGAGGUCAAUAGCAGACAGAGAUUUUUUGCUCACCCAGAGUCUAUGGGAGAAUGUAGCCGGGAGCCUGGCAAGAACAGCCCACCAGACCAUGGAGGAGUCAGCCAACCUGAUCAGGACAGUAAUGGAAAUGCAGAGAACAUUGCACAUGGGAGUAUUCCUUUGUGUCAAUUAGAUGGCCAGCCUAAGAUGAGAGGACAAACUGGAGCAUCUCGAAGCCUGGAACCCACUUCAUUUUCUCGCACUCCUGCUGGAGACACCGGCCUCCAGCUCCUGUUCACCCCUGCUGCUGUCCAGAGGGCACCGCAGCUGAUCCCGCCGGCCAGAGCAGUUCCUUCUGGGAGUGGUUUUCCCCUGCUUCAUUUUCAGCCCAAGCGCGAAUUCAAGCCCCUCUCCUUACCUUUAGGAAGAAUUCCAGAGGUUCCUUUGAGACCUCAGGCCCAACCAAAAGAGGCUUGGGGAUUAUCUGAUUCUUGCCAGCCUCCUCUGUCUCAGAGAAUAGUGCAACCUACCUCACCAUGCCACUCAAAUCCAAGCCACUACAGUGUGGAAGCCAUGAACAAGGCGGAUGCUGUCCUCAGAGACACCCCUCAGCAUGCGAACUUGGAUCAGUAUGUUGGACAGCACUUGACACCUCAGCAGGCUUCUUCAGUAUUUAUAAAACCAGAAAGUAUGUUUGAUGUUAAAGCAGGGCUCCCUGAGACAGCUCCUCAGAAUUCUUUUGGACUUCCUUUAUUACACCUGCAGUUCAAGCCGCCUUGUAUAUUCUCAUCACCAUCGAGAUUACCCUCAGUACCUACCAAAUCUGACCCAGAAAGAAAACAAAAUCCACAGCUAUCAUUGCUUCAUUCAUGUUUGCCCCCGGAGAACACGUACAAGAAGCCGCAACUUAUCCCACUUGAAAACCUCGUGGCAUUUAAAAGGAGCCAGCAAAAACUAGCACAUAAUGUGUUUGAACAAGGUGAUUCUGGGCAUCUUCAGCUUCUAAAGGUCAACAUGGAACCAUCUAAAAUAACACAAGGAAAGAAGAGGCGGAGCAGACGAGCUGAAAGAGAGCUACGGGAAGGAAGAGCUCAGAAGCCGAGAGGAAAACCAAGUGUUACUUCCCGACCCGAGGAGCCCCUCAUUAGUAACGGCGUGGAAGUCAUCACGGAGCCCAAGGAACAACUAGGACAUGGUGAUUCUCAGCCUUUGGAAAAAUUUGACAUUCCUUUCGAAAUGUUAGAAGAUGAUGUUCAUACUUCAGCUGGACUGCAUUUCAUGGCCUCUGUACGAAGGAAGGUUGUGGGAAGUCAGGAUGCAAGUACAAACACAGACCCAGAUAAGGAAGGUACUUCCCAAGAAGUUGGUUCUGAAAGUUGUAAAAAUCAACAAGUCGUUUCUGCUACCUCAGGCCAUAAACCUUUGAGUGUUCCUCAACUCUUGAGUCCAGAUGUCUGUCUAAAUGUCAGACUUCCCACAGGAAUACCAGAGAAGCCUUUGUCUCCUUCCCCACCUCAUUUGGCUAGACACACGUACAUAGAUGUGAUUGACAUUGAAGCUGAGGACCUAUUGGGAUUACCUGCCAGUGAAGAGCCUUCAGAUGACAAUGUUAUCCAGUCACAGAGCCAUCCUCCAGAGGGCCCAUUGUCUGCAGAGCUGCAUUGUAUGGCAGCUUCAGUUGUCAAUGCUGUUCCCCCUCAUGCUUUCGAGAGUCAAGGUUUAAUUUCUGAACCUGCAAAAGGGACUGAAUCUUCUCUGGAUGGGAAAAACUUGAAAGCAGAUGUUGUGGACGUGAAGGAGCCGGGGAUUCUCUUAGUGAUUCCGUCAGAUAGGCAGCAGGACAGAGAUCUGCUAGAACCAAACUUCCAGUUCAAGGAACAGAGCUCAAAAUUGGACUCUGGAGAACAAUCUCUGCUUUGGACCCUGCUACAGGAUGUCCCUACUGCUUGUCCCACUCCAAGCCCUGCUGCUUGUUCCACACCGAGCCCUGCUGCUCGUCCCACACCGAGCCCUGCUGCUCGUCCCACUCCAAGCCCUGCUGCUCGUCCCACUCCAAGCCCUGCUGCUCGUCCCACACCGAGCCCUGCUGCUCAUCCCACUCCAAGCCCUGCUGUUUGUCCCACACCGAGCCCUGCUGCUCGUCCCACUCCAAGCCCUGCUGCUCGUCCCACUCCAAGCCCUGCUGUUUGUCCCACACCGAGCCCUGCUGCUCGUCCCACACCGAGCCCUGCUGCUCGUCCCACACCGAGCCCUGCUGCUCGUCCCACUCCAAGCCCUGCUGCUCGUCGCAUUCCAAACCAAGCUGCUCAGAAGUUAGAUCAUCUUACUGCCAAGCUUCAGAAGAUCGACAAGCAACUGUUAACAGUGCAGACCAUUGUGGAAAAUAUAGAGCAGAAUUUCCCUGCACCAGAAGUACUGAAUCUACACUGGGAAAAGGUUGGACGCGUAGAUCACAUGGAAUUGUCUUCUGGCCCUGGAAUUGAAAAACCAUUAGCUUCAAAAGCUGUUAGCAUUUCUGAAGAAGUGUGUCUCCAGACGCAUGAGGAUGUGGGUGAUCAAAACGAUACCGAGGAAACUUCAGAGACAGAAAAUCAUUCCAGCCAGAAAACCCACGCGUGCCCUUCUGCAGGGUCGGCUCUCGGCUCUUCCGUGGACUUGGACUGGAGCGUCACUUCUCCUGGUGUGAAUAACGGCAAUGAAUUAUUUGAAAGUGUUUCAGAAGAUCAACUCCAGGUGACUGGAUUGACUGAUAUUGCUGACAUCAUCGAUGACCUUAUAACCAAGAGUGGAGUUUCCAGUGAAGAGCUUGGCUUAACAGAAAAACAAGCUAGAAGUAUAUCCAGGAUUCAGCAUCCUUCUGGCAGAUGCCCCCAAAGAACUGAGAAGGAGAGAAGAGAGAUUAAAAUCUGGAUGAAAAGAAAGCGAAAAGAGAGAAUGGCAGAAUACUUAAGUCAGCUGGCAGAAAAGAGGGGACAGGAGCGCAACCCUUUCUGCCCCAGAAACAGCCCAUUUUAUAUGACUUCAAGGCAGAUCAGGCAAAGACAAAAGAUGAAACAUGAAAAAGAUAGAUUGCUACUGUCUGACCACUAUAGUCAGCGGCUCUCACAGGCAUACUGCUUGAUGAAUGAGCUGCUGUCUGACUCAGUGCAGCUAACAGCACCUGAAGGGAAACCCUUACCUGGCAGAUCCCCCACUGCUCAGCACUGCAGACAGCAACAUUGCUCUUCUCCAAGGAGAGAGAAUCCACAUGGGCAGACUUUCCUAAUAAACCGGCCUGGUGAAGGCAGACACAUGUCCAGUCAUCCCCAAAAGGGGAAAGCCUUGGGGCAGCUCCAAGGCUCAUCUCGGCGGCGGCGAGGUUCUAAUACUCCAUGUUGGAGCCUGCAGCAUACGAAAAGCCAUGGGGCUGUUGGGGUGCCUCCUCCAGUGGAGCAGGGAUACAUGGAGUAUGAGAGAGAAGAGACGGUAGUGAGUCCCUGGACUCUGCCUUCAGAAAUCCACAGGAUUCUUCACGACAGGCCCCUGCUACAGGACGUGUCGCCCACUGAAGAGGAAGAACCUGAUUUGUCUUUCUUGGUGGGUGGCGUGGACAGCGUUUCUGAGAGCACUGGCAGCAUCCUCAGCAAGCUUGACUGGAGAGCCAUUGAAGACAUGGUGGCCAGCGUGGAGGAUAAGAACGCAAAUGUCCACUGGGCCUCAGAUCAGUAGGGCCUUGCUAGCAUUCUCUGUCAGCAUCUCACUGAUGUGGUUCUGAGAAUUUGUGGGUCUAAGGCUAGAGAUGGGACUUACAGCCUGGAGCCACGGGGUUCCCUGGGUUAGUCAUUGCAAGAGGGAGAGUAAACAUGUCUGUAAUAUUGCUUUAUGGGAAAGGUGGUUUAACUAGAGAAAAGUAUUAUGUUUAUCAUUGAUUCAUCUUAAACAAUACGUACAUGUCAAGCCAGGUUUUCACAAUAUUUAAAUUAUUUUGAAUAAAAAAAAUCUUGUAUCUGCUUCCUCCUUUACUACCCUGUGUUUGCAGAAACUGCUCAUGUGGAGGAUGUGACCAAGCGCCGUCGCUGGGGAAAGUCAGUCUCUGCAUACAGCUGUUGGGCAGGCUCGGGCUGAGGACCUUGUGCUCUGUGGCUGAGUAGGUUGGGGGAGGCAAGGAUGAGUGCUUCAGAGGCAGAGGAGAAUGGAAAUCCUGGCUGAACAACACUGAUCUUGUGU